AUGAGCAGCCAAAAGGUAGUCGAGAGUUCAAACACAGAAGCAAGGACUUCUAGAUCAUCUCAUACGUACAAUACAGAUGCCUUCAGUACCCUUGGCACUGGCGAAGGAAGGACGUUCCAGACGAGAACCAACAGUUCUUCCAUGUCUGCAGCACUAACAGGAAGCUCUUCAUGGUACACUGAAAGGACCAUAACUGGACAUUUAGCCCGGCAUUCAUCUGCAGUGAUGCGGAGAAGAAGAGCUGAUAUCUCACCAAGUACUGUGGAUACUGCUGAGCUUGAAACCAUAACUUUAAGGAUACAUUCUCCCGAGGCAUCGGUUUCUUCACUUUCGUACAACAAUCAUCCGACUAUUGAAGACACUGGUCAGGCGAGGAGCAGCACAAAUACAGAUAGAAGUAUUUCCAGUUCUCGCACGGACAGUGCAUCUGUUUCAGAUCUAUCCGACAGUGAUAGAGAAAGCCCAUUACGAACUUUAAGAGAUCUCAGCAGUUCACGUAAAGUAACUCAAAUAUUCACAACCUCUAGCAAUGAACUUUCUAGCUCUUCAGACCUCAGUGAUUCUUAUAUGCUAACUCCACGACAAAAUGGACACCUGGAUUUGUCACCAGGGCACCCAUCUUUCACUGAGGAUAUAACUGAAGUAUCAGUUACACAUUCCCAGGCUCCCUCAGAAAUAAGAGCUGCAGAGGACAGUGGUCAGCUGUGGAGUAGCACAAAUACAGACAGAAGUCUUUCCAGUUCUCACACAGACAGUGUGUCUGUUCCAGAUCUAUCUGACAGAGCUGGAGAGAGGACAUUACGAACUCUAAGAGACAUCAGCAGUUCACAUAAUGUAACACAAAUAUUCACAACUUCUAGCAAAGAAACCCCCAGCUCUUCAGGCUAUCCUUCUUAUGUGUGGACUCCACAACAGAACGGACAAACAGAUUUAUCACCAGGGCACCCUCCUUUCACUGAGGAUAUAACUGAGGCAGCAGUUACACAUUCCCAAGCUUCUUCAGAUACAAGAGCUGUAGAAGACAGUCGUCUGAUGAGAAGCAGUUCAAAUACAGAGAGAAUGCUUUCCAGUUCUCACAUGGACAGUGCGUCUGUUUCAGAUCUAGCUGACAGAGACGAAGAGAAAACAUUACAAACUCUAAGAGACAUCAGCAGUUUUCAUAACGCAACACAAAUGUCCAUCAUGGCUAAUACUAAAAUCCCCAGCUCUACAGACUUUGCUGAUUCUUCUUAUGUGUGGACUUCAGAACAGAAGAGACGAAUGAAUUUGUCACCAGGGAACACUGAUCUCACUCAGUCAGCAGUUACAUAUUCUCAGGCUCCUUCAGAAAUGACAGCUGCAGAAGACAGUGGUCAGCUGUGGAGUAGCACAAAUACAGAGAGUAUUUCCAGUUCUCACACAGACAGUGUGUCUGUUCCAGAUCUAUCUGGCAGAGCUGGAGAGAGGACAUUACGAACUUUAAGAGAUACAAGCAGUUCACAUAACAUAACACAAAUAUUCACAACCUCUAGUAAUGAAAUCCCCAGCUCUUCAGGCCUCACUGCUCCUUCUUAUGUGUGGACUCCACAACUGAACGGGCAAACGAAUUUGUCACCAGAUGACCAUGAUUUCACCGAGGAAGUAGUUACACUUUCCCAGGCUGCUUCAGAAUCAACAGCUGUAGAAGACAUUGGUCAGCCAAGGACCAGUUCAAAUACAGACAGAAGUAUUUCCAGUUCUCACAUGGACAGUGCAUCUAUUCCAGUUCUAUCUGACAGAGGUAGAGAGAGGACAUUACGAACUGUAAGAGACAUCAGCAGUUCAUAUAAUGUAACUCAAAUAUUCACAACCUCUGGCAAUGAAAUCUCCAGCUCUUCAGGCCUUACUGAUUCUUCUUAUGCGUGGCCCCCAGGACAAACCAGAAAAAUGGAUUUGUCAUCAAGGAAUCCUGAAUUCACUGAGGCAGCAGUUACACUUUCCGAGGCUCGUUCAGAAACAAUAGCUGUAGAAGACAGCAGUCAGAUGAGAAGCAGCUCAAAUACAGAGAGAAUGCUUUCCACUUCUCACACGAACAGUGUGUCUCAUUCAGGUCUAUUUGACAGAGAUGAAGAGAGGACCCUACAAACUCUAAGAGACGUCAGCAGUUCUCAUAAAGCAACACAAAUGUCCACCACGGCUAAUUCUGAAAUCCCCAGGUCUACAGAUUUUUCUAAUUCUUCUCAUGUAUGGACUGCAGUACAGAACAGACAAAUGAAUUUGUCAUCAGGGAACACUGAUUUCACGGAGUCAGCAGUUACAUAUCCUCAGGCUCCUUCAGAAAUAACAGCUGAAGAAGACAGUGGGCAGAUGAGAAGCAGUUCAAAUACAGAGAGAAUGCUUUCCAGUUCUCACAUGGACAGUGCAUCUGUUUCAGGCCUAUCAGACAGAGAUGAAGAGAGGACCCUACAAACUCUGAGAGACACCAGCAGUUCUCAUAAAGCAACACAAAUGUCCAGCACGGCUAAUUCUAAACCCCCCAGCUCUACAAAUUUUGCUGAUUCUACUUAUGUGUGGACUGCAGUACAGACCAAACAAAUGAAUUUGGCACCCGAAGACUCUGAUUCCACUGAAACCGCAAUUAUACAUUCUCAAUCUCCUUCAGAAAUAACAGAUGUAAAGAGUAGCCAGCAUACUUUUAGCAACAUCAAUAUAGAAAAAAGGACCACUCAGACUGAAGGUACAUUCUCUACUGUCACACUCGUCAGGGGUGGAGGUGGCACGUUAGCAUCCUUAACGAACAUGAGCAAAUCCACAGAUGCAACAGAGCUCCCAACAUCUGAUUUGGAAAACACCAGUUCCUCAGUUUUAACAUCUUCUACUACAUCACAAGGUGGAAAGGAAAGUUCCUCAUCUACAGAGAUGGAUUUUACAGAAUCUUUAAAAGAGCCUUUACUUACAUAUUCCUCCAAAGCGUCCAUUUAUUCAUUUUCUACAAUAGAUUUUUUAAGCACUGGAAGCAGUCUUCAGACGGUUAAAGGAUCAGUUGAAGAAAGAAGGCUUUCCAGUGCUUCUACAGAUGGUGUAUACCUAUCAACUACAUUUACGCAUGGUGGAGAAAGGACAUCAAGGUCUUUACCAGAUAACAACACUUCCUCUGAUGCAGUAGCCAGUAGCACUUACAAUACUGAAACUUUCAAGUCUUCAGAUCCAACUUUGACCUUGACUUCAGUGACAGAGACAGAAAAACAUAAUGAUUCAUUAAGUGAACUACUAUUCACUAUGCCUUCUACUGAGCACACACAUGAACAUUCUUCUGUAGUUCCAAUGUACUCAUCGUCACCAAAAGAUUCAUCAACUAUUGGAGGUGAUCAUUCAAUUAGCAGCUCAAGGGUUUCAAAUUCUUAUACUGAAAACACAGUCAGUUCAGCACCUUUCCGCAAAGGAGAAGAGCAAACUGUACAGGCCAUGAUUAACACUACAUUUGCUGAAGCAACAGAAAGCACCUCAUUGUAUAUGGAAAAGUACAACAGCUCAGAACUAAAUCUUUCCUCUCCAGAGGUAUACUCUAGAACGACUGAUCUGGGUAUCUCUGGACCUUCAACUGAGACCUUUCAAAGUCUUAGUUCAUUGAGGAUACCAACAUAUUCUUCCUUCCAAAGUGAAUCUUCAGACACUGGAAUGGACUAUCAGCCAAUGAGUAGCACUGACACUGGAAAAAGAAUCUCUGAUUCUCAUACUGACAGCACGUACAUCUCAACCACCUUCACAAGGGGUGGGGAAAGGACGUUACUGUCUAUUUCAAACAACAGCACAUCAGCUGACUCAUCAGAAAGUUUUACUUCUUAUGCAGAAAUUUCCAGCCCUUCAGAAUCAGUUCAGUCCUCCUUUUCUGUAACUCAGAGUAAAGGAAGUAACAUGUCCUCAAGCACCAUGGAUUUCUCUGCACCAUCAACAGAACCUUUGGCUGUACAUUCCCCGAAAACACCAGGGUACUCUUCUACAGUGAGGGAGCCACAUACUACUCAGUUUUAUUCAGAAUCUCCAUCAACAUCUCCCAGCACUUUAUCAUUUUCAUCUUCCCCUCCAACGUCACCAACACAGGAUGCACUUCCAACAACUCAGCCGCCAACUUCGUUUUCGUCAUCAGAAUCCCCUCUUCCAUCAUCUUCCUCUGCUUUCCCAUUAUCAUCUCAUCUAACCUCUUUAAUAACAUUUUCACCCAAGCUGUCAUCUACAGCGCUGCCCACGUUGCUGCCAUUGCCAUCUUUAUUGCCUUCCCUUUCUUCAACACCUUCAUCAUCACAGUCUAGCGAAAUUCUUGAAACCAGUGCUUCUAUAGCUGCAUCUGAAGAAACAACUGGAAUAGACUCAUCCACCACUGGAAGUCCUCACAGCAAGUACAACCAGACCGGGAGGUAUCCAUUGAAGGAUAGUACUGCUCCGAGGUCAACAGGACCUUCUCCUCUCCUGAGUGAAACUACUGAACAGCUUACAAACCAUUCUUCACCAGUGACAAUCUCCCUAGAAGAAACCAAGGACUCAGAAGGACAAAACAUUUCUUUCCCAGGAACCAGUGCUGAAAAAAAUGUUCCUGUUUUGCAUAUGUCUCCCACGUCCUUGCCGAAAACUACCACAAUUUCUGAGACAGCGAAAGCAAGAACUUCUACUUUGCCAAGUACAACCACUCAAAAGGAUUUGGUGGAGGUAACGACAGGAAAGAACCUUCCAAAGAUAACUCACACAACAUUAGGAUUGUCUACUUUGGCAUCAAGCACAGAUUUUUCAGGCACUACAAAGCCUCACAAAGUUCAACCGCCCUCUCCUACCAAAAUAUCUCACACCACUGGAAUGCCCACAAAAGGGAUAGAAAAAACCAGUGCAACUACUGUUAAAGUCACAGAGCAUGUUAUCACUUCUACCCAUCCUCCUAAAACGUUUUCUUCUAGCAAAGCCACUGCAGGGCCUUUUUCUGCUUCGCCAGGUCCCACCAAACCAACUACAGUUGUACGGUUACAAAGCCCAAAGGCAUUUCCAAGUUCCCAUGGAAAAGCCAGUGUGUGCACCGCUGAUUCUUGUCUUAAAAAUGGGAAAUGCAUUACAGACGGCUUGACGGGCAAAUUCCAAUGCCAAUGUUCAGCUGGAUGGCAAGGAGAAGACUGCAGUAUGGAUGUCGAUGAGUGUCUGUCUAAUCCAUGCCCGGCCUUGGCCACAUGUACUAACACACAGGGGUCAUUCCAAUGUAUGUGUUCUCUGGGCUACCGGAUGGAAAAAGGAAAGUGCAAUUUGGUAAGAACAUUUGUUGGCCAGUUCCCAUUAACAUUUAACACAACUGGGAGGUACUCAGAGCUUCAUCAAGUUGAAGAAGACAUCAUAAACAUGCUAAACGAGUCACUUACAACAUUGCCUGGCUAUUACAGCUCAACUGUUAAGGCAUCAAGGCAAUCCGGUACCAUCCAAGUAUCUGUCUUGAGCACCUUUUCCUUAAUCUCCAACGUCACCCUUUAUGAAAUUGUCAGCACCUUGAGAAGCCAUAUUCGGGCUUGCAAAGCUCCCACAGAGACUUGCCAAUUCAUCUCUAACCUUACACUGCUCUACAGAGUUGGCGGCCUGUGUAAACACAAAGAUCCGGAAUGCGACAAGGAAACCUCUGUGUGCAUGGACUUGGAUGGCAUUGCAGUUUGCCAGUGCAAGCCUGGAUACUUCAAAUACAACAAACUGGAUCACUCAUGCAGAGCUUGUGAAGAUGGCUACAGACUUGAGAAUGACACUUGUGUAAGUUGCCCAUUUGGAUUGGGAGGAUUCAACUGUGGUAAUCCAUAUCAGCUCAUCACCAUUGUGAUUGCAGCAGCUGGAGGGGGACUUCUGCUCAUCAUGGGAAUAGCUCUCAUUGUCACAUGCUGCCAGAAGAAUAAAAAUGACAUAAGCAAACUCAUAUUCAAAAGUGGAGAUUUCCAGAUGUCACCGUAUGCUGAAUAUCCCAAAAAUCCUCGAGGCCAGGACUGGGGCAGAGAAACCAUUGAAAUGCAAGAGAAUGGGAGCACUAAAAACCUAUUACAGAUGACGGAUGUUUACUACAUGCCAACUAAUCUAAGGAACCCUGAAGUAGAAAGAAAUGGACUCUAUCCACCCUACACAGGCCUUCCUGGGUCCCGGCAUUCCUGUAUCUACCCUGGGCAAUACAAUCCUUCCUUCAUUAGUGACGACAGCAGAAGAAGAGAUUACUUCUAACAGUUUUGAAUAAGGUGACUGGAAGGCAAACAGAAGAUAGGCAUUUACAUGCUAUUUGUUUCCUGGGUACACUGUGGCUCAGAUGCUGUCACAAUUGCAUAUGGAAAGGGAACUUUGGACCCUUGGACAACACUGAAAGGAGCCAUUUCUAGCUGCUGUUGAAUAGCCAAGAGAAGUCAGGUGUAAAGACUAAGCCAAUCUACACAUCUGUCAGAGGGGGAAAUGAGAAGCUUUAUGGAGUUCCCAUGUGUGCGUUCUGUGUAUUCUCACCACUAAUUGUGUCACAAAAAGUGAAUUUGAUAAUAGAUCACUACAGCAAAACUAACCAACACUGUGGAUGACACUCUAAACCUGAUACCACUAGGAUGUGUUGUGUUUACCGAUAAUAUCUAGUGUGUUGUGUUUGUAACGCUGUCUUGAUGCAAAGCUGAUGCAGAGCUGUCUUGAAAAUAUUUUAUGGAAGGAGCCCUUUCUCUCCUGCCAGGUGCCUAUUAAUAGGUACUAGUGACAUGCUCACCAAAUGGUGGAAAUGUGUGUGAGAAAGUGGCCUAGGGGCAGCAGAUCCUUAUGUAAUGUGCAGAGUCCAGGGUCUUUUUCUCCUUCUGGGAGAAUGUGCCCUUUUGUUUCCUCAUGACCUGUCCUGUCCCUCAGUUAUGUUCUGAGUCAAUAGUAUUGCUGCUUAUUGUUGUCCUUCGCUUGCUUUCAUUCAAUCCUGACCAUUCAUUUCAAUAUCUGUUACAAAUAGUAAUCAUAGCCCCUUGUCCAUGCCUUCACCAAGCAUGGAUUUUUGUUUCUCCCUGGACUCCCAGUGAAUUGAUGAUCUCUGCCAUUCUGAUGCUAUAGAACUAUUCUCCCCUGCAAGACUAACCAAACAUUAUCUUAUAAUGUGAUGAUGGCAAGUACAGCUAGCUAUAGGAGAAGACAAAUGGGAAGCAAUUGAACAUCAUCUGUGACUAAAUUCAAAUCCCCACAUAAUCCUCUUUGACUCGUCCAUUUCCUGCUUGGGGGGGGGGAAUGCGGUCAGGUUUUGAUGCCUGGGAAUGAUGGAAAUUGUAGUCCGACACAUCUGGAAAGCACCAAGGUGUGGAGGGCUGUUCUAAAGAAUGUGUGAUGUUCUGAAAAGAAGACUUUAGACAGUGUUCAAGUUGCUGGCAGGAGUAGCCGGGCAAUGCUUGCAACAUAUUCAUGCAUGAUUUGGAGGAUGAGUGAAUAGCAAGGGGCAGGUUUGCAGAUUAUGCCAUGGCAUUCAGAACAGUUAAAGUCUUGAGCAGGCUGUGCAGCGCACCACAUGAAUGUCUCAAAACUGGAAAACAGAAGGAAGCUGUUGAACAGACCUACCAAUUGACCUUGCCCAGCACUCUUGUCUCCCUGAGUAGCCAACACAAAAUGAAAAAGGAGGGGCUGAACCCCACAAGGUAACACAAAAGGAAGGAAAGAGUCCAAGGAUGCAGGAGAAAGGAUGAAAUGGUAGAGGCAGCCCUGCCCUGCCUGAUUCUAGUAUCUUGUUUUCAGAAAUACAUCACCUCUGAAUAUGUAGGCUAAGGACCAGUAUCCUGCACAGACAUGACUAAUUCUCUUAUAAGGGGGUUAGACAGUUUAACUAACUACAUUCAAUUUUAAAUAUAGUCUGUGUUGUUUGUGGGAAGCUAGGUUCAACUCAAAUUCCAUUGAUCCUAAAACAGGCUGAGAUAUCAUUCCGUAAAGCAGCCACAAUUACACACCUAACUACAGCAAGUUCCUCCACAAAAGGGCAAGGCAAAAAUAUACAAAGCAGUCAGUUCCAUCUUAUUCUAGCCACAAAUGUAACUAUUCGGUAUUUUCAAAAUUAUGUGGGAACCAUUUGCCAGCAGUGUUUCCAAUUGUCUUGGAGUAGGCUGUGUUGAAUUCUGUUUGAGUUCUUGUAUUGUGAUUUGCUUCAGGAUACUGUAAAAAGCGGUUCAUUAUCUGAAAUUAUUGCUAAGUUCUUUCUCAAGGCUGAAUCUGUGUUCACAGAUAGGGAAGAUAGAUAUGUAUGGUGUUCAUUCACCUUGAUCUAAUUAAACACAUGCAAAAAGACUCUCUGUAGGGUAAAAAAAAACAAAAACCAACAGUCAAAAACAUAAUCCAGCAUGGGUUGCAUAUGGUGAUACUGGCUGCAUCUUGUCUGCAAACACAUCUCCUGACAGAUGGUCAGGGCAGUCAGAUUAGCAGAGCUGUCAAUGCCAACCAUCUGCUUGAUGGGUGUGUGCACAAAACUCCCCUGAUUUGAAUCAGGACCUUUGUUUAAGGAGGAAGAACCCAACAGUGAUAUGCCCAUUUCUAUACAAAAGAUGCCAUUUCCUAAGUUCAGCUGACAAAAUGUUGCCAAACACCAUUGGGCUAGCUUUCAGUCAUACCUACAUCACAGACACAAACCAGUCAUUCCCUUAACUGAAUGAACACUGGAGAUUGUAGUUCUGUGCACAGAACUAGAAAUUUCUUACAGUGAUUUCUCAGUAACCCAAGAUUCUCUGGAGAAUGUCACAGCAAUUAAAAUAUCAUAAAAAUGAUAUCUAGAUACCAUUCAGCUAUGAAUAAUGUCUCCUUGGUGGAGUCCCAAACCAUUCAGAAGAAAGGGGAGCCAAAAGCAUUUAAUUUGUUUAGCAAAAAGUAUUGGCUUUCUCAGACUUAUUUGUUUGAGACUCUGUUUUUAAUGCUUUAUUACAUGUUGCAUUGAGUUUUUCUUCAUGUGCUUUAGGGUUAUAAUUUGAAAACCAUGGUGGUUAUCUUUUACAGUGAAGGAAAACCUGAAAUAUUUUGAGACUAUAAUAUUUUUUUCAAAAAUAAUCAAGGUUAUGAGCCAAUUCAAUCAUGCCAGUCAAGUUUCAGUAGAGCAAGGGUGGACGGCUUCCAGUGGUCCAGGUGCCAAUUUCCACUACCCCAGUACUCAUAAAGGGGGAGGGGCACUGCCAAAUUUGCUACCAAAUUUGGCAGCACAAUGGUGGCAAAUUUGACAAUAUGGCAGCAGCCUUGUUAAAGGAAUAUCAUGCUCCCAGAAGGCUCCAGAGGGCACAACUUUGCUUUAAAACAGGGUGUGUGCUCUCCACACACCUGGUUUUUUUGCUUUUUUUAAAAAAUGACUCCAUUUUGCUGCUCUCAUCCUGCUAAACAUCAGUAGAAAAUUCAGUGGUGACAGAUAGACCAGUAGGUGGUUAAGGUUGUGAUUUAAAUGAUCAUUUUCACUACAUUACUAUUGAGAUUAAUUUGCGCUAAAUUAUUAUUAAGAUACUGUUUGGAAGAUAAAAAUGAGCAGUGCUCAGUUUGUUGUUUCAUAGAAAGGCCUAUGGAAUGUCAAGGAAAACUUAUAAAAUCUUGAAAGGGUUAUUAGAGAGUUAUAUCUCUGCUAUAGGAUUAUGUUUAAAGUUUGAAACAAAGCGAUCUUGCAGAACCCUAUACUCACACACAAAUACCCCCACACCCACAAUUUUGUUGCCCUUUAAAAGAAAUCUAGUAAAUUCUUUUGAUUCCUCCCGCCCCAUAAAUAAUGAAAUUUGCCAGAACUACAAAAAGAAAGCCUCAAACUGCACAUGAUGUCUACUUUUUUUUCAAACAAGAAGGAUAAAGCCUUGUUGUGUGUCUUCUUGUUGACUUUGAAUGUACCAUCAGUUGAUUUCCAAUUAUCUAUUGUACAUUGUUCUGGAUUUCAGCUUUGCAUAUCUGUGAACAUAACUUCUGAGUUGUUUUUGUUUAUUUUAAUUUUCCAACACAGUGUUAUUUAAAAUUGUACUUUAUUUGCAACCUCCACUAAUUAUACAGUACUGUAGUUCCAAACUAUUCUUUCUAAGGAUUGGAUUAUUUUUAUACCAGCAUCCAAUAUAUUUGAACUCUGGCGUUCUAGUCAGUAUAAU